AUGUCAUUGUCUCAACUUCAGACAUUCUGCCCGAAGCCUCAGCGUCAAUGCUUGGUCAUCAAAGCUGAGGUCUAUGUCAAUAUCAACCUCUUCGAGAAGACAGCCCGCAUCGGCGGCCGCACGCUGACCAUCAACCCAUUCAAUGACCCAGCCCAUCGUGUCGAGCAGGGCGCAAGCAUUUUCGUCCUCGCCAAUUACAUACCCUAUGAAUCCAUGACCGAGUUCGGAUUCUCGCCGAAGCUUUGCGCGCCAGCGUUGUGGAAUAACCUGAAGGUGAUUUUGGAGUACGGCCUAACGUCGCCGCAGCGAGCUCAGGACUUGGUGAAUGCCACCUUCACCAAGUUCCUUCGCCUCUACGAGCCACAGUUCUUGCCCUUCGAGUCGCUCACCCAACGGGUACAAGAACUUGACCUUUUUGAUAACGUGACGGGUGUCACUGGCGAACAGUUCUUGAGAGACAGUGGCGUUGGUAACCGUUUUGCCCAUGACAUGAUCCAAUCCGCCACACGUGUCAACUAUGCCUCUAAAUUCGCCCGGAUACACGGGCUUACCGCCAUCCUUUCCUUGGCCGGUCAAGGCGCGCUGUCCGUCCAGAGUGGCAACUGGCAAAUAUUCCACGAGAUGGUUCAGAGGCCGGGUGCCACGCCAAGCGGCUCUCAAUACACCGUUCAAACAACAUCCGGUAGCCACCCGGCCGCGUUUGACAAUGUCAUCAUCGCCAACCCGUAUCAGUUUAGUGGCAUCUCAGCUGGCGAGGGGUCUCUCCAGACUUCCAUUGCGCAAGUACCUUACGUGCAGCUCCACGUCACCACCUUUACCUCGUCAAAUCGCUUCAAUCCGGGUUUUUUUGAUCUGCCCAAUUCAGCCCAGGCACCCCUCACGAUCCUCACCACUCUCGCCCGGAGCGAUACGCCGACUUCAGGUGUCGAUGGAGCAGGCAAGGCGGGCUUUUUCAGCAUGAUGGCCAUUAAAAGCGCUGCCAACCCGCAGAGCCAACGUGAUCGCUUGUUGGGAGCCACGGUCCCCUCGACUUUCACUGGGGCCAACAGCCCCAUCUCGUGGUAUGCGCCACAAGUUUUCUACGCGUACCCCAAGACCUCUCCGCGAACGACUUUCCAGGACCCCAUUGUCGGCUCGAGGGUCUACUACAUGUCGACCAACGCCCUGAUGGGCAAGAACGUGGCGCGGCGCAUCGUUGAUGACAUGACGGCCUAG